GUUUUGUUUGCUUGAAUAUGAAAAAGAUUACUUGCUUGUUUAUGUCAGUUUCCUUUAAAACAAGAAUCCUACUUAAACUUCUCAUCAAGUAAUCAUCUCUCUCACUUAGAAAAGCACUCAAACAUUUCUCUCUUUAUUGUUUUCACGGUUACACCUAACUCUUUUAUUCUUUAGUUGCUACUCCAAUGUCUUACCACCACUAUGAAACCAACCCUCAUUUCGAUCAGUUUCCCUUUCAGGAUCAGCAUCCCGGUGAUCCUUCUAGCUCAUGGACCGCUCCACACCACGUACAGAUCCCACAGACUCACCCAAAUGCUCCACCUGGGGCAAAAAUAAAGACUCGAGGACGCCAUCAGACUGAGCCACCUGAACUAAUCCAUGAAUUGCCAUCUUCAAGACCUUUGCCAUUGAGACCAGAGGAACCGUUACCACCACGCCAUACUCCAAACUCUGCCAGGCCAUUGCUAUUGAGUCCUGAAGAGCAGCGACCUCAACACCGUGGCUAUGGAUCUGAACCAACUCCAUGGAGGACAGCUCCAACACGACCAGUGCAUCAACCACGUCCAAAGAGGACCAAGCCCAUAACAUUGCCGGCCACGAUAUGCUGUGCAAUUAUCCUGGUCGUCCUGGUUUUCACCGGUCUCAUCCUCCUCAUAGUCUACCUCGCCAAUCGUCCACGCACACCGUACUUUGACAUCUCAGCUGCAACCCUAAACACUGCCAAUCUCAACAUGGGCUAUGUUCUAAAUGGGGAUCUCGCUAUUGUGGUAAACUUCACAAACCCCAGCAAGAAAAGCAGUGUAGACUUCAGCUACGUGAUGUUCGAGCUCUACUUCUACAACACACUCAUAGCAACCGAACACAUCGAGCCAUUUAUUGUACCAAAGGGGAUGUCAAUGUUCACGAGCUUCCAUCUCGUCAGCAGUCAGGUACCGAUCCAGCAAAUUCAGAGUCAGGAGUUGCAGCUGCAGCUCGAGACUGGUCCAGUGUUGUUGAACCUGAGAGGAACAUUUCACGCUCGCUCGAACCUCGGGACUUUAAUGAGAUACUCUUAUUGGUUGCACACACGUUGCAGCAUCUCUUUGAAUACCCCUCCUACAGGGACUAUGCGAGCACGAAGAUGUAAUACAAAUCGCUAGCGAUUUGCAUAAUACUGACAAACUAUAUUGCUUCUUUUCUUGAUACAUUUGAUUAUAUAAUAUACUCAAACAGAUAAUUUUUGUAUGUUUUCAUA